UGAACAUAGUUGACCCCAUUUACCUGUUAAUUUGCACUUAUGGCCUUGUUUGGAUUCGUGCUGUCUUUCCGGGUAGACAGGAGUUUAAAUCUCGUUACUUCCUGGGGUAGACAAAUUACAAAGAAAGUUCGGUGCCUGGUUGGGUGCAGCGUUGUCUACUUGUUGAUGCUUGUUUUCCGCAAAAAUUAGCUCACCAAAUUCACAGUCUAGCGACCAAAACAUAAAUAAAUAAAAAGUACUAAAAUCCCCGCUAAGCUUCUGUCCCUCGGCAAGAAUGUAUGUUGAAUCAGUGUUACAAAAUUUGCAUGAUAAUGUUGAAGGCUUGAAGGUACAACUAGUCACUGAUAGAAAAAUAGCUGUUCAGUGUCCAAAAUGUCAUGUCCAAAGAAGGGAUCGUGUAGGCACAUGGCAGUCUACUGCAUGACCCUGUGUUCAAAAGCUAAAGCCAAGUUAAGGUCAGAUGAAGGAAGUCACUUACACCAAUGUGCGACUUAGGACACACUUUUCCUUUCUUUUUAGAUAAAGAAAUUAAUUCCGGGCCUUUUGCAUCCUCCGAUGCAUACAACCCCUUAUUGUUUAUUACAUAGUCUCGUCCUGGACGAUUUAAAGGACCAAAAGGAAAAACACAAUGACACUUUUCCUGAUAUGACUGAAAUCCUGAUUGCUUUUUCCACUAGCCUCUAGAAUAUGCAAUGCCACCCACUGCUCAUAGUAACGUAAGGAGUAGGAAUCUUCAACCCGGGUUGUCAGCAAAACAGACCCAUUUGUUCCUGAAACAAGCCUCCAACAGUUUUAUUCCAUCCAUAGAGGAAUAUUAAAAUCAAUUAUAUAUUGAAACAUGACUGUCUAUUAUGAUGUCAAAAUAAAAAACACUUAGCCUUAUCUUGUUGUUUUUGUUAUCCUACUUUCUAUACAUUUUGUAAAUUUUGAUGUCAUAAUCCAAAACACUUAGCCAUAUUUUGUUGUUUGUGCUACCCUACUUUCUAUACUUUCUACGCGUUCUAUAAAUUUUGAUGUCAUAAUCCAAAACACUUAGCCUUGUUUUGUUGUUUGUGUUGUCCUACUUUCUAUACAUUAUAUAAAUUUUAAAACAACCUUUAAAUGCUAAGCAAGAGGCAAGACUUUGUUUUUGCUUUCAGCUAGAGCUAAUCUCGCUAUUCCUAUUAGCUUACUGGCUCUCUUCUUUUUUUGAGAUAUGGUAGUUGGCCCACUUCUAGAUGUUUUUCAACAGUUAUCUUCUUGUUAUUUUUCCUUAUUAAGAAAGCUCUGAAUAGGUGAUUUCUUAUUUUUUAUUAUUAUUUAACUUGGACAAUAUUUAUGGCUUGCUAAUCAAUUAAGUUGUUGGGAGGGCCAUACUUAUUGAAGGAAUCAACCUAAAUAAUAACAUACCUAACUGUCCUAGAAAAAUAAUUAAUUGUUUCAUGGAGAUAGAUAUUCUUGUUGGGGCAAGUUGAAGCCUUCCUAUCUUCCUAAUUAUUGUUGCGUGUGAACAGUGCUGUUUAGUACUGUGGGCCAUAACCUUGCACCCAUCGAGGCAAGAUAGCUCAUCUAUCAGGUACCAGCCAUAGAUGAAGCCCUUGGUGUUCGGAUGAUGGCUUCAAGGUGUGUAGGUGAUGUUGUGUUGCACUAGACAAGCCUAGCAGAGCAUUGACGAUUUUUUUUGCGAAUACGCAUGAGAGCUGUGUAUCUUUAUAUUAAGAAGGAGAACAAGUAUAGAGUCAUACACAACGUCCAUACAUGGCACCAAAACAUGCGGGAUUAAAAGGGAUUACAGACGAGAGGAACAGCUGUGAAGGACAGAGAUACGAGACUAAGUAAUAGAACCGAAGCAACAUAGGCGGACCAUCAGGACGGAGAGGUGCUUGGCUCCGGUGUUGCACCAAAGAUCUAUGUCGUCGUGAAUGCGUGACAUGAGGGCGUUGGAGCAGAGGCGACGAUUGUUGAAGAUAAUGUCAUUACGCGCCAACCAAAGUCUCCAGCAGGUGAAGGACAAGGGAGUCGAGUCCCUUGCGAGACUCUUUGGCCACCCGCCGGCGCAUAUCCGACCACCAUUUGAGAAGAGGGGUCGCCGUCGCAGGAACCUGAAUCCCCAAAGUCCGUCACCAAAUUUCCCGCGCAAAGUAACAAUGGAGGAGCAAAUGAUCAGUAGUUUCUGGAAGUUGAGCACAUUGCGAGCAGGCGUCGUCAUUUUGGAGAUUAUGACGUUUCCUACGAUCCGCUGUCCAAAGUCUUCCGUGUAGCCCCAACCAUCUGAAAAAUUUCACCUUCGAUGGAGCCCAAGAACUGCAAAUCAAUUGGGCCCCCGCGAACCGUGUGCUCCCUUGGAACAUAGCCUGAUACGCUUCUCAUCCCUGGAACAAAGCAACGUUCUGGAGUUGGCCCCAGGGCAUUGACGAUGGUAGAUGGAUAAGAUGAGAAGCCCUUAGUGCUUCCAAAUAUAGAUGAGGUCGCUGCAGACAUGACGAACCGCCUCAAGGAAUCAAUGACGCCCUUCUUACGAUGGCGCAAGUGUAGCAAAACACAAUGACAUUGAUAUCAGCCGACACUGUGCCAUCAAUGUUUGGUUUGUCCUCUCUCUCUCCUUCCUUUUCUUUCUCUCUUUUGGCCUCUUGAGGCUUUGUAUGGGGACUGGUUUCUUCUUCUAUCUUAAUACAAAGGCACACAAAUCGCAUGCGUGUUCGAGAAAAAUAUCUGCCACAUGGCAACCACAGCACUCCACAACAUUGAUGGCACAAUAUCGGUUGAUGGAGGUGGAAAGACGGUCACAAAACAGCGUUUUCCUUCUUCCUCGGCGAAUGUACAAAUGAGGCAACUAAGGGCAGCAUCGUCAGGAGAGGAAGCUUUGCUGGUGGUGUGGGAAGCGGUAUCAGCUUCUCCUUGAAUUCAAAUAUGAGCCCUACCUAACUGGGAAGGAGGCCAAUAUGAAGGUCGCUGACAAAUUUAUCAGCUUUCUUUCUGGUAAUAAGCCAGAGAAGUGUAAACUUAUUGUUUCUUCACAUAAUUAUGAAUAUACACCAUCCUGUGAGGAGCUUGCAAAUCUUGUGGCUAGAAUACAAGCAGUUGGAGCUGACAUAGUGAAAGUUGCAACAACGGCUAAGGACAUUGUUGAUGUGUCACGGAUGUUCCAAGUGAUGGUACAUUGCCAAGUGCCUAUGAUUGGACUGGUUAUGAGUGAAAGAGGUUUAAUGUCAAGGGUGUUAGCCCCCAAGUUUGGUGGAUAUCUUACAUUUGGAAUACUGAAUGCUACAAAGACAUCAGCGUCUGGACAACCAACGGUUGAAGAAUUACUGGACAUUUACAAUAUAAAGUGCAUAGGGCCCGACACAAAGGUUUUUGGUCUUAUAGCCAACCCAGUAAAGCAGAGCAAGAGCCCAAUUUUGCACAAUAAAUGUCUUCAAUCUGUCGGAUACAAUGCUGUUUAUCUUCCACUUCUGGGAGAUAAUCUUGCUAGUUUUCUUGAGACAUAUUCAUCUCCGGACUUUUCAGGAUUUAGUUGCUCUCUUCCUUUCAAAGUGGAUGCAGUACAGUGUUGCGAUGAACAUGAUCCAGUUGCUAAGUCAAUAGGAGCGAUAAACACUAUAAUUAGAAGACCAGAUGGCAAAUUAGUGGGCUACAAUACUGACUACAUUGGAGCAAUUUCUGCUAUUGAGGAUGGCAUAGGUCCAGGGUCAAAGGAUGCUGCCAUCUCACCGUUGGCUGGUAGGCUUAUUGUUGUUGUAGGUGCUGGUGGUGCUGGUAAGGCAAUUGCUUAUGGGGCAAAGGAGAAGGGUGCAAGGGUAGUUGUAGCAAAUCGUACCUAUGAAAAGGCAGUAAGUCUUGCCAAUGCAGUUGGUGGUCAUGCCCUGAGAUUAGCAGACCUGGAAACUUUCAGGCCUGAAGAAGGGAUGGUCCUUGCUAAUGCAACAUCAUUGGGGAUGUACCCAAAUGUGGAUGGCACUCCUAUUCCGAAGAAAGCAUUGAGUUUCUAUGAUGUGGUAUUUGAUGCGGUAUAUGCCCCAAAAGUUACCCGGCUUCUACGAGAAGCAGAAGAAUGUGGAGUAAAAGUUGUUAGUGGUGUUGAAAUGUUUGUUAGACAAGCAAUGGGUCAGUUUGAGCAUUUCACGGGUGGUAUAGAAGCUCCUGAAAGCCUAAUGCGUGAGAUAGCAGCAAAAUACACCUAACAGAUUUCGCCGACAUGUCAUCUGCGGACAGAGGUUUAAAUAUGAAUGCAAUAAACGAAUUGAAUAAACAAAGAGUCGGUUUCAGUCCAAUAUUGUGGUGACCAAGGAAAAAAAAACAUCAAGCUUCAGUUGGUUUCAUGUUGAUCAUGUAAGAGCUGCAACUGUCGACAUGCUUGCCCAAUUUGCUGCAUCGCUGCACUGUUAUAUUCGAUUGCAUAUGUUGUACUCUGAUGUAUUGUUUGGACUGGCUCUCUUGUUCUUUUUCUCUUUUGGGGGAAGGAAAUUUCAUAUUAGACUGAUGUCGCAGCUAAAUCUCUGGCCACAAAUCAGAAACAAUGCCUGGGAACAGGUCCAGGCAAAUAAAUGCCUGGGAACGACUUACACCAUAUUUUGUUAAAGCAUCUGCUACUCUGUUUGCAUACUCAAAGGACACAACUGUAUCCUCACUUCGUUGAAAAUUAGGUGCAGUAGACCA